UGUUGACUUGGCCAGUGUCUCAACCUGACACUUAGUUUUUUUAACGGUCCCCAGUGCCAGGCAGACGCUGCAGCUGUAGCCUGUUGUCAGCAUGGCAAGGAACUUCAUGGGGGGAUGUUUAUGUAGCUUGCUUAGUGCAAGUGUUUUGAUUGCAGGAUGCACCGUUGUCCUUGUAACAACUUUCCCAGUUGUCUUCAUCACUCUAGGCACAGUGUACAUGUAUGAGUGUCCGUUAGCACCAGUUAUCCCAGUGUAUAUGGUGGUGUGUGGGAUAUUGGCCUUGGUGAUGAUGGCCAUGUUGGCUUUGCCAAAGUUCCUCUGUCCAGCGGCGGAGGGCAAGACAAACUGGACUCUGUGGCUCCUCGGCCUGCUGGGAUUGAUCUGGCUCCUCUUUGGUAGCUACCAGGUUUAUUCUAUAUAUCCACCCAACUACAACAAAAACAUCACUGACCUGAACAGAGUCAACAACAGCAUCGACACUCCUACUGCAUCUGACAACAGGGUGGGCCUCACUUUGAAGAACCAGAACCAGAGCCUUCCUAAUCUCAACCACACCUGGAUAAUCAAUAAUAACCAGACUCUGAGGACGCUCCUUCAAACUUUGGCUGUCAGCAACAUCAGCAAUCAGACAAAUGGAGAGCGCCCGAAUGCCCCGCCAGCACCACGCAUCACAGCUGCAGCGCCAUACUGUGACAAAACUGUGUAUCUGUUUGCCUUCUGGACCACCACACUGGUUUAUGUGUUCGCAGGACAAACUCUGGUCCUGAUCCUCUGUUUGUAUGGCUCCAGCAACAUUUUAAAUAAGAUUUCACUCACUACCUGAGCUUUUAAUAAUCAAAAUAAAAACCUGGCUACAAAAAUACCACAAACAAUGGUGAUAGAACAGAAAAGUUAAAGCCAAGGCAAAGGAUCAGCUGGAACCAUCUGAUUCAGAUUAAAUGUUAAGACUGGGACAUUCCACUUGGUCACAGCACGGUACACUUCGAACACCUUAAAGCAAAAUAAAGUGUUUAGACAGGCAGUAUUGUGAAACAGACGUUCUAUGUUGCCUCAGCACGUAUGACGAUGUUAGUGAUUUCCACACACACCAGUUUGCCAGUCACUUUAUCAGCUCAGGCAUUUAAUAAUGGAGGAAGUUUGAAAGUUAGGCAAGAAAAGCUACAGUUGUUCAUAAGAAACUUCUAUACAAGAGCGAUCAGUGUGUAAGUCUGUAAAGCAGGGCUUUAUUUCAGAUCAGUUAUUUCUCUUCGUUUCAUAAUCCUUAUCUCAAGAUCUGUCUGAAAGGCCUAUCAGUGACCAUUAGGGGUUGAACAUUUUCCUCUGGGACACUUCUACCUGUGGACAGGACGAGUCUGGGAUGGAACCAGCAGCCCUGUGGCCUGCUGAGGGGCCCCACUUGAUUUAAUUUAUGCAGUGUCUAUUUUGCACGAGAGACCUGCCAAAAUGGCAACAGAAAAGAGAUUGAUUUGUUUUGAUCAUUUAAAAAUGUGGUUAUUGUUACUUUAUGCCAAUAUUUAAAAAUUUUUUUACCUUGUAUAAUUGACCUAGUUUUUAUUUAAUUCCAUUUCAUUGAUACAUUUUGACAGCAACACGGUGGCGCAGUGGUUAGCACUGUUGCUUCAU